AUGCCCGACCCUACGUUUGUGAACUACUCUCACCCACAAGAUCAGAACGAUCGCCGCAAUCGACAGCUCGUCGCAUCAUAUAUUGGCACUCAUUUCAGGAACAGAUCGAGACCAGCUACAAGAAGAGUCUCAUCAGUCGGGAAAGCAAGCAGCCCUGAAGGUCAGGUCGGCGAUCCACCAAGAACCCAAGCGGCAUAUUUCGAGCCCCCCAACCAAGGACCCUCAAGUACAUCAGCACAACUACCUACGUUCACUGUUCCACAUGACAGGCACGGUCUACGAUCCGACCCUUUCUACUCCUACCCAAUCGAGUUCCGACAAUGCAUACCUGCGGCUGUCGAUUACUUCCUCACAUUCUACGGCCCAGCUCACAUUAUCCGACCAGAGCUUCUAUCAGCAGAGGCAGGCGCAGUCUUACUCAACCAAUACUUCCAAUACGCCCUUCAGAACGCGUUGAUGUUCGAAGCCCUGAUCGCGCUGUCACAAGCGAACCUUACCGUCCAUCAGUGGAACAAUGGUUCAGACCCAGAUGCGUUAUACCACUACAAUCAGACCCUUCGUCGGUUGAGAGAUCUUCUGGACCGAGAACAGGAAUACACCCAAGAUGCCGUUCUCUUCGCAAUAGUCGCACUGAUGGGCGUUGAUUACCUGAACAACGACCUGGCUGCUUUCGAAACGCACCUUGGUGGACUGCGCAAGAUAGUGGAAUUAAGAGGUGGCCUCGAUCAAUUGGGGUGGCCUCUAGUCCUCAAGCCCUAUCUACUCGGGUUGGAAAGGUUCUGGGCAUACAUGUCUAAGCACAGCCAACAACGAGAUACCUUGACCGCUCAAAGGCACAACGCUAGCCCGCCGAUGCCGUCCGAUCGCCCUCCCAUCGCCAACCUCGAAGAGAUCGCCUCAAUCCUGCCUCCAGGUUUCCGCACCAUGGCAAUGAACAAUCGCCUCAGCGAGCCCGUCCUGAUGUUGAUCCAUCGAGUCGUGACACAAGGCGAACAUAUUCUACAAAUCAGCCCGUCCUACGGUUCUUCCGCCAUCAACGCUACGAACAUGCAGGAGGCAGAGCACUGCGCCCGACUUCUCACGGACUCCGAUGUGACAUUCAUCGACCGUGCCUCCUGUAUUGGCUUGCUGGUCGUCAUCAUGGACUCGUCGCGAACGGAACGGUUGAGCGGCUACUACGAUCAACAGCUGCAAAUGCAUGCGGAGGAGAUUCGGGUGAGUCAGGAGAUGUUUCAGGACGCCGAUCAAUCUGAUUUGUAUCUGUGGGUUGCAUUGGAUACUGUUGGGACUAUGGUUCCGCCGAGGAGACCUGCUUUGCCGGAGAACUACGAGGCCGACGCGAGAUUUGAGUUGUUAUUGGCUGUGGUGCAGCAGUAUCGACAUUUGAGUUGGGAUGAGGUCUUGACGGUGCUGAAAAAGUUCUUCUUCACUCCGAGAUGUAUUGAGAGUUGGUACAAUGCUUGGACGCUGGCCUUGAGAUAUAUAAAUGAGAAUUCACAUUGA